ACGGAGGAGAACGGUCAUUGCCACCACCUCACCUCGAGCCGGUGCUAAAGUCCCUGGCACGAGGAAUAUCCUCGACCCUGGUACGGUCUACUGUGCGGAAUCGUCCUGUAGUUUAGCUUGGCUUCGUUCUAUCGGUCAUGGUGGGGCCUUCACGGACAACGAUGCGCCGUGUUGGGAUUCGUGCACGCGGAGCGCACCCGAGAGCACCUGGAUCGGUGAUCCAGAAGUCGUGAACUACGCAAAGGCCAUCGUCUAACCAGUUCGAUCGGUGCUACCUGUGACGAACGCAGGUCGAAAUUUUGUUACCUUUACCUUCGCUGCCGGGGUUCCCGGCAGAAAAUUUCCAAACGCGUGUACAAAGUUCCGCCGCACAGCCACGAAAAUUUCGCGCAUUUCGCGAAGGGUGAGAAUUCGAAGCCUGCUGGGGGGAUGAUGCUCCUCGAAGUCUGACCAUCAAGUAGCGUUCAUCGUUGCAAUCGUCCGCCGGUAUCAGAAAAGAUGUGGGAUCGCGAAAGGAAAACCUGGAUCGUCGUCCUCCUAGCCAACGUGCUGCUGAAUAUCGUCACCGCUUCCCCAAUCUAUGUCGCACAAUUUAUUCCAGGAAGUACGGGAAGGAACAUCAGGCACUUGCCGUGCGUAUCGCGGAGAACUGGCGAGACUGGCGUUUGCAUGUUCGCAUUCACGUGCGCGAAGGCGAAUGGCACGCACCUUGGUACUUGCAUCGACCGUUUCUACUUUGGUAGCUGUUGCAAGAUAGACGAGGAACCCGACAUUUUCCCCCAGGACAACAGUAUCGAUGAUGGAUCGCCUGGAAGGCCGUUCGUCACGACUCACGGGCCAAUUGAGAGCAACGACAUACCCGAGUACUUCUCAAGGCCGAAACCGAUCAAUGAGAAAAAACCAUCCGAAACGUACUCCACCGAGGAAACGACCAACGCGUACACCACGCAGAGUAUUCGCACGCAAGCAACCACCGUAAAAGAAACGACAAAAGUGGCAACUAAAAAGCCAGUGCCAACGACCUCUCAAAGGCCAACGACAUUAGAAACUGCGACAAGGCCACCAACCACCACGCAAACGUUCAUCGAAACGACUAAAUUCGUUAGCAAAAAACCAAUUCAUUCGUCCACGACGCACAAACCAGUUCACUCGACCGUUCAGAGGCCCACCAACGCAACCACAUCUACGACAACUCAAUCGACUACCGAUCGAACAACCGAAUCGACAACUUCGAAAACUAUAAUCACCACGACACAAAGGGUUACUCCGGUUACGAGAUUCCCGCCAAGAAACGCGACAACUGCGAGACCUUUGACCCACGCUACCACCAGAAAACCUACAACUAGUACCAAGAAACCAACAAUCAGUACUACAAGGAGACCAACGUCCACCACGAAGAAACCAACUACACCCUCGAAAAGACCUUCCUCCUCUUCUACAACAGUGAAGCCAACUACGAAUAUCAGUUUAACCACUUUGUCAUUGUCAACGACGACAACGAAACCUCUUUUGACGUCCAUCAAGCAUCGACCAACCAUCGCCACCACUACCGAGAACGUCCCGUUUUCCACAGAGACGAAACCUCUGACCACUACCACAGAAAGCGUAACUGUUCAAAAAUUCACGACCAGUGUCGCUACGACCAGACCUACCCAAAAAGUGAAGCCGACGACGGUUCGUACGACAACGACCGCGAAGCCGUUAACAACUGCCCCGAGGCCAAAGCCGACGAAGAUCUCGAGCGCGACAACGACCCCGAAUCCGAUAUCCAAGCCAGAACACGCAACGACCACUGAGAAAACGGGACCUUUGUCGUCGAUCAAUGUUUCCACCGUUGCCGUUACGAAACCUAGACCAACGGUAGACUCGACGAAGCCUACGAAACCGUGGAGCAAGCCUACCAGCAGCAAGCCUACCUCGACGACACCCCCGACUGUGCUGGGUUCAACCGUAACGAAUACCAGUUUCGCGUCUUCGUCCUCCAUCGACACGACCACCAUCAGCACGCCAGCGUACGUCCCAACAACGAAGGUGUCGGUUGUUAAUCAAACCACGGAAGAAACCUUCCAGACAACCUAUUCACCUGGACUCGUGACAUGGACGUCGAGUUCGGACGACACGACCGCAAAGACUCCGGAGAUGUCUUCGACGGUAACCACGCAACCAGAUCAAACGGAAAGCGAAUGGACUCCAAUAAUAACCACUCCGGAUGGUUGGAUUAUGAUUCAAUCGCCUACCACCAAAAAACCGCAAACAACAGAGGACACGACUGAUAAACUAAUUCCAGACUCUACGUCACAAUCUACGACUUCUGCUAAACCAACGACAGAAACUAGUACAGAGCAUGUGACGAAGAGACCCACUAUCUUGACAACUCUGUCCUCGAUCGCCAGCGUGACAAUAGACACCGAGCUUCCGGUACCAAUGGAAACGCUCAACAUGUCGGAUUACAAACAAGUGUGCGGAAGAAGACUGUUCCCAGAGUCGCGAAUCGUCGGUGGCAAUCGCAGUUCGUUCGGGAAAUGGCCUUGGCAAAUCUCGUUACGACAAUGGAGAACGUCGACGUAUCUGCACAAGUGCGGAGCAGCUUUGCUCAACGAGAAUUGGGCAAUAACGGCAGCGCAUUGCGUCGAAAACGUACCACCUAGCGACUUGCUGCUGAGGAUCGGCGAGCAUGACCUCGCGAACGAGGACGAGCCAUACGGCUAUCAAGAGCGAAGAGUUCAAAUCGUUGCCAGCCAUCCCCAAUUCGAUCCUCGGACCUUCGAAUACGAUCUCGCGUUGUUGAGGUUCUACGAGCCUCUAUCACCGUUUCAACCGAACGUACUGCCUAUUUGCUUGCCGGACGACGACGAAACUUACGUCGGCCGUACUGCUUAUGUCACCGGUUGGGGUCGACUUUACGACGAGGGUCCGUUGCCAUCCACACUUCAGGAAGUGGCCGUGCCCGUGAUAAAUAACACAAUGUGCGAGAUCAUGUACAGGAAUGCCGGAUACAUCGAACACAUUCCACACAUUUUCAUUUGCGCCGGAUGGCGAAAUGGAGGGUUCGAUUCCUGCGAGGGUGACAGCGGCGGACCUAUGGUGAUCCAAAGGGCACGCGACAAACGAUGGAUCCUGGCCGGGGUGAUCAGCUGGGGGAUAGGUUGCGCGGUCCCCAAUCAACCCGGAGUUUACACACGUAUCUCCGAGUUCCGCGAAUGGAUAAACCAAAUUCUCCAAUUCUAAAUUCCCGAGCAGCGGGGGGACCGCCCAUCGUUUCAAAAGUGACGGUUGCUGGAAAAAACUAGCACGAACGUCUGUACAUAAUAUAGCAUAAUACGACAGUUUUUUCUCGUGGAAAACUUUGCAUGUGUGGCGAACAUUGAGAAAGAAAAGAGAGAGAGAGAGAGAGAGAGAGAGAGAAAGAGAGAGAGAGAGAGAAAGAGAGAGAGAGAGAGAGAGAAAGUACGACUACAUAUGUAACGUGCAAUAGUCGUCGCGAAAUGUUAUCAAACACCGUCCCAUCUAUAGUACGAUUGACGUUUUGCGUUACGUGAUUUAUACGACCCAUUGCGUGACGCUGUUACUAUCCACGUGUAGGUGGAAUUUUUGAUCAAUCGUAUCGUUUCACUCCGCGUGUGUGUUUUACGUAGUUUCGAACGCGAAGCUAUGAAGCGAUCGUCCGUAGAUAAGUAAUGCCACCUUUCGCUCGUGUCACGAUUUCAGUCCUCGAACGAGCGUAUAGUCGACAGAAUAGUGUUCUACGAUGCCAACGGUGUUCUCCCUCACGGAUACGUUCAUUGACAAUCGUAUCGCGUCAGCGAUAAAGUGAAUUUAACAUCUGGAUUUACGUCGAUAUUAUCAACCAGCUUCCCGAUGGACUCGACCCGCGUUCAAUAGCGAAUAUUACCCGAGCGAAUCGUUCGAACUGGCCGAUGAUAACGCGUGCCCGUAACGCGAUUUUUCUGCAAAAGUUGGCAAGCCAGCGAUUAAAUGUCACGAUAUCACAGUAAAUUGUAAUGCUUGUAAAAUAAUGCAACGUCGACAAGACGGAAGAAGCGCGAACUGCGAAGAACGUUGACGAGGGAAGUCUUCCACUGCUGCGUUUGUUAGAAACGCCUGAUAAACGUGCAACGUGACCAACGAUAUUAAAACUUCCGAUAUUAUACUGUUAAGCAGUAGUCGAGUGCUUAACAUAAUAGACAACAGUUAGAAUAAAUGUACUGUACAAACAUUUGGAUCGUUAAAGAGUCGACUCUUCUAGCAAUAGUGGAGUAAAUAAAAUUAUCGAAUCGCACAGAGACUGCUAAAGAUAUCACACGAUUUUAGAUUUAUUCGAUAUCAGACGAGCAAAACUCGAUGCUGCUUGCGUCAAUCUUUCGCAACAAUUUGUCAAAAUGCUGAAUAACUGUCGAAAUUGUUUUACUAUUCGAUCGAUUGAUUUAAUCGACAGUGUAUAUUGUGUUCACUAUCACCACGCUCACGCGUAUUACAAUAGCGAUGUAGAUCGUACAAAGAAACUAAAAAGAAAUCGAUAACAAAAGAAAGAAAAGAUAUGAACACAUUUCUCGUCGCAAGAUCGGAGAAGAAAUUAUUUAAUUUAAUUUAUAUGAAAAUUCUUAUAUAUAUAUAAAAAUUUAUAUAUAUAUAUAUAUAUAUAUAUAUAUAUAUACAUAUACGCGUGUGUACAAAUAUAAUACACAGGCGCGUAUAGUCAGCCGAUAUAUGCGAACAAAUAAUUUAUUAAUAUAUUUUAUAGUUGGGGCUGUGAAAAUACAAAACCCCGAGCUUGUAAAUAAUUGAUCGAUUGGUGGUGCGUGUUUUACUCUAUUACACUCGGUUAUUCUC